UAAGUGCGACUUUGCUAAAUAAUCAAAUGUAUUACGUAAUGUCAAGCAACUGUCAAACUUGUCACUAGAGCAGCUGAUCGAAGACUAGGCUAAAAUACAAGAAGAAUUAUUGUUUAUGUAAUUGAUUGGCUAUAACAUCUCUUUUGAGAUGAUUCGUAAAGUUGCAAUUGGUUCUGGAUUUGUGGCUUUUUUGCCAACUGUAAAUGCCGCGACACCUGUGCAAGAAUCAAAGGAACAGGAUAAGGCUGCGCCUCCGCCGAUGAAACCAUCCGACUUACCGAUUUACGAAGCGCCUCACGCUGAAUAUAUGGAACAAUUAGCUUCAAAAGCCAAGUCAGAAAAGUCCAGUUACGUGAGAUCAGCUCUAUUGGUCCCAGUCCAAGCUGUUCGUGAACAGUUAGAAACUGCCUGGCUACAUACUGAGUCAGUGAAGAAUACCGUUAAAGACAAUAUUUCAGAAUGGCAAGACAGAAGCGAGUGGAUCAAACAGUACCUGAGAGAGGAGGAAAAUAAAGAAAUUAGGUAUGGUGCUGUAGCGAUGGGCGGUCUCACAGGGUUCAUAUUAGGACUCAGAGGAGGUCUUAUUAAGAGGAUUUUCUAUGCCGGUUUGGGUACUUCAGUUAUGGGAUAUGUGUGUUUUCCGGACGAGACUAAGAGAAUAUACAAGGACAAUGGCGCUGUAGCAAAGCAAUACAUUAACAUUGCUUAUAACUUUUUGUAUGGAGUAAAACCUGGAGAUCCUCAACUUGAGGUCAAAUUCCCUGAGCUAUCUUUGCCUAAAGAUUUCUCAGAGUUUGUUGACCUCUCUGUAUCUCUGGCGUCGUCCGUCAAACAGGCUGUAAUGCCUCCGUCUAAGGAAGCUGAUAAAAAAAAUGAAUAAAUUAGAUGUUAUCACAAAUGUUAUAAGACAGGUCCUAGAAACGAGAAGAUUUAAUGAAAUGUGGCGAAAUUAAGAUCCAUAAUUUAUUGUUAAUUCAGUAUAAUUAUACUUUGACAAUUAUGAAA